CAAUCUGUAUUUUAGAGAAAUCAUUAUUUUUGUUUAUGUUUAUAAUGUUUAUUUUUAUUAUUUUUGGUUUAUGUGUUCACAAUGCAGUUAUACAGUAAAAGCAUAUGUUAAAAUGUUAAAUCAACAAACUGUGAGUUAUCGCCAUAAGUCUAAAAUCAGACGUCAGGAAAUCGACCUCAAGCGGGACGCCUUUCUUUACAAAUACGGAUUUGCCCCUCCUCUUUCUUCAGCUUUGCCAGUGCAACCCAUUUAUUCUGUCCCAAAAGACUCCGGCUGCAUCAUCACGUUCUCAUGGUUUUAAAGAUCCCCAUCCACAGCAUCCUCACCAUUUACAAUCUGUGCAGCGCUUAACCUCCAGUCGCGAGCCUCUUGUGGAUGUAUAUCGUGUUUAUUUUCUCUGCUGAGUGGAUGCAUUUCUAGAAAUAGCCUACACCUGCAGAGAAAUACAAAUCUUUGGGAAUUUAAUGUUGCUCCGGUUGAACAGGUGAGCCCAAGAAGGUACUUCAACAAUGAAUGGUUCUCCAAACAGGACACAUAUACGCCAAGAAAGCAGCUUUUCAAUCAACUUAUGAAAAUAAUUACGGAGGACAUCGCAGAUAUUUUGGAGAAUCUUCUUUGACGGGAUAAACUGAGUAAAACUUGACAGUUUGUUGAAGUCUUUCUGUCGUUUUGCACAGGAGGUUACCUUGUCCUGUCGAUUUUGUUUUAAAUGUUUGGAAGUCACGAUCACCCGGACAGAAACAUCACCGGAUCGAAAGUGCAAACUUUUGAAGAAAUGGAUCCUGUUCGUUCUUGGGUGCGAAAUGUCGGCGUUAUUGAUGCAAACAUUGCGGCACAGAGUGGAGUGUCUUUAUCCCGUGCUCACUUUGAAAAGCAGCCUCCAUCCAACCUCAGAAAAUCCAACUUCUUUCAUUUUGUGCUGGCACUCUAUGAUCGUAAUGGACAGCCUGUUGAAGUGGAGAGGACGGCGUUUGUUGACUUUGUGGAGCAGGAUAAGACGGGAGAAAAGACCAACAAUGGGACUCAUUACAAACUUCAGCUCCUCUAUAGUAAUGGUGUUCGCACAGAACAAGACCUUUAUGCACGUCUCAUUGAUUCGGUCACUAAACAGCCCAUAUCAUAUGAAGGACAGAACAAGAAUCCAGAAAUGUGCCGUGUUCUGCUGACUCACGAGGUCAUGUGCAGUCGCUGUUGUGAGAAAAAAAGCUGUGGGAAUCGCAACGAGACACCAUCUGACCCUGUUAUCAUUGACAGAUUUUUCCUGAAGUUUUUCCUGAAAUGCAAUCAGAAUUGUCUAAAGACGGCAGGAAACCCCAGAGACAUGAGAAGAUUUCAGGUGGUUCUUUCGACCACGAUCAGUGUGGAUGGUCCUGUUUUAGCCAUUUCUGAUAAUAUGUUUGUACACAACAACUCCAAACAUGGACGUCGCGCACGCAGAGCAGAUUCAGGCGAGACUGGGGAGACCAACAUGGAAUAUGCUACGCCGUGUAUUAAAGCCAUCAGUCCUAGUGAAGGCUGGACUACAGGAGGUGCUAUGGUGAUUGUUAUCGGAGAGAACUUCUUUGAUGGGCUUCAGGUUGUGUUCGGGAGCAUGCUGGUGUGGAGCGAGUUGAUCACUCCUCAUGCCAUUCGAGUUCAGACACCACCCAGACAUAUACCUGGAGUUGUUGAAGUCACGCUGUCUUAUAAAUCGAAGCAGUUCUGUAAAGGAGCUCCAGGACGCUUUAUUUACACAGCCCUGAAUGAGCCAACUAUUGACUACGGCUUUCAGAGACUUCAAAAGGUCAUCCCUCGGCAUCCCGGUGACCCUGAUAAACUGGCAAAGGAAAUGUUACUGAAGAGAGCAGCAGAUGUUGUGGAGUCGCUGUAUGGAAAUUCACCCAGCAAUCAGGACAUGUUGCUGAAACGGGCUGCGGAUAUAGCCGAAGCUUUGUAUAGUGUACCUCGACCUCACAGCCAGCUGCAGGCCAUGCCAAGUUCACCGGUACACGGCAGCGUCAUGGGUCUCAGCUCGUACCCGACACAACUGGGCGUGAGCAUCGGAGAACAGGGCAGUACCCAAGGUUACAGUCGCAACUCGAGCAGUUUGUCCCCAAGAGGUUACUCUUCAUCUUCAACCCCUCACCAGUCGAGUUAUGGGCACGGUGGAGGGAUGGGUGCCAGUUAUGGAGCGGUACCCAUGAGCAGUCUUGGCGUUCCGGGGUCACCUGGAUUUAAUAGUACCUCUCCAAACAGCUCUCCUUAUGCCAUCAUGCCAUCCAGCCCCAAUGUACCAGGGUCGAGUUCAUCAACCUCCCUCUUGCCUUUCUCAUCCUUUCCGUCUUCUGCCAAACAAAAAAGUGCCUUUGCUCCUGUCCUGAGACCCCAGGGUUCACCGUCACCUGUCUGCCCAACAUCAGGAGGAAACAGCUUCAGAGCAAUGACAGGUCUUGUGGUUCCCCCGAUGUAGAGGAUAUACCUGAACCAUUCACAAGCUUUACAUACAGAAAGACUGAGGGUAUCUCCUAUUCCCACCUAUUUAUAUUCAAGCCACAAUAAGGGAAUAAGAUACAGAUUUCCACAGUCUGUUUACGCAGUUGAUCUUGUUGAUGAAAAAGAAAACUUUCAAAAGCCUCCAGGACCACAAAGACAUAUUCAUGACCUUCAUAAGAGAUCUCUUCUGCAAGCAAACCUAAGGGAUGAGGUUGCCACAAAGAUGACAACAUAUGAGGGGCCUUCAACCAGAAAAUACCAAAAAAAGAGGUUGAAUUUCUUCAUGAAACAUCACACAAGCACAUAUUUAGUCGCAAACUGACCCACCAGAGCGAAGGCCAGAAGCUGGGAUACCACAUGUCCGAAGCGUUUACAGUAAUUUCACAGAAAUGCCAGAAAUUUUUGCUUUGCUGAGAUUUUUUUAACACGCAAAAGAUCCAUACAUGGUCUGAAAUUUAAACUGUGUUUUAAAAGUAUAUAUCAAGCAUUUCAUUUAGAAAAAAAAACGUUUAUUUAGGUUUAGUUAUAUGAGGUAAUUUCCUCGUAUAUUGACUUAUUUAAUGACCAAAAAAUUAUAUAAGUUAUAUUUUUAGGUUAAGUGCUAAUAUAAGAAACUUUGAACUUGAUUGUAUCUGCUAUUGUUUUGUUAUUAUCUGUUUGUACCUGUUUUUCAGUGAACAUUUUAUAUGUUGCUAUUUUGUUAUCGAUAUUAAAAUAGUUGUUGUAGAUUUUUACACACUUCAAGA